CAUAUGCAUUGCAUGGGGUGAGGGAGACGUUUUCUUGCUUCGCUCUAACUACGCCUCGCUGCUUACUCAAUUACUCCGCUGCGACUUGGGAUUUGGCUUUGCGACGCUGUCUUUUCCUACACAUACAUUCCUCACCGACGCCUGCUCUGCGACUGGGCCCUUCCCGACGUUGAACUGCCUGCUCGACUGCAUUUAACCUUGCACUUCACCUACCUCUCUUCAGCUCCCAGGCAGCAUCGAGUACACUCAGCCAGUUGAGAACACAAAGGAAGCGGCAGAAGAGCAAGGGCGACAAUCAAUGUGAACACACCGCAUACCCAGCACUUCCUUCACCACCACCUUCCUUCCCCAGCCGGGGCCGGCGCAUGAGUCGCCAUGCCACACUGCAACGACACGCUCGCCAACGAGCUCAUCCACAAUGAAGAGCCCAUCUUCCACGGCUACACCUUCCACGAGUUCGGCCUCGUGCUCAGCGCCGCCUUCGCCCUCGUCGCAACCGUCAUCUCCACCUUCCUCAUCCUCAUGCACGCCACGCACUACCUCAAGCCCUACGAGCAGCGCCACAUCAUCCGCAUCCUGCUGCUCAUCCCCGUCUACGCCGUCGUCUCCUUCCUCUCCUACCUCUACUACCGCCACGCCAUCUACUACGACAUCCUCGAGGGCUGCUACGAGGCUUUCGCCAUCUCGUCUUUCUUCACCCUGCUGUGCCAUUACAUUGCUCCCAACCUGCACGAUCAGAAGGAUUACUUCCGUGCGCUGACGCCUAAGAAUUGGUUCUGGAGCGUUUUUGGCUUGCAGAAAUGCACGGGCGGGCAGAAUAAGGGUCCGUUGAGGAAGCCGAGGAGUGGGUUGACGUGGUUUAAUGUCAUUUGGGUUGGCGUGUUCCAGUAUUGCUUCAUCCGUGUGCUAUUCACCAUUGUUGCCGUGCUUGCGCAGAUCGGCGGGGUAUACUGCCAGGAUAGCUUGUCGCCUGCUUUCGCCCACAUCUGGAUCGAGGUCUUUGAGUCUGUCAGCGUGACGAUUGCCAUGUUCUGCCUGAUCCAGUUCUACCUCCAGCUCAAGGACGAUCUGGCGGAACAUCGCCCAUUUUUGAAAGUGCUUUGCAUUAAACUGGUGAUCUUCUUUUCCUUCUGGCAGACGAUCGUCAUCUCCUUCAUCUCCUCCGCCAAUGGCCCCCUCCAACCUACCAAACAAAUCCAAUAUCCCGACAUCCGCGUCGGCAUCCCCAGUAUGCUCCUCUGCAUCGAAAUGGCCAUCUUCGCCGUUAUGCACAUCUUCGCUUUCCCUUGGAAGCCCUACAGCAUCAAGCAUUCCUACGCCAACCCGCUCAACGAGCCAGGGACUGGCUUCGGAGGCGGCAGCGAACUCCGAUAUCUAGGUGUCUUCACCGCGCUAGUCGACGCUUUCAAUCCGUGGGAUAUCGUGAAGAUGACUGCACGAGGCUUCCGCUGGCUCUUUGUGGGCGUGCGCAAGCGACACGACGACAUCAGUUACCAUCAAGACCCGGAUUUCGCCAAGCCCGGUGUUGGAGGCGCCAACUACGCUCCCGUCGGCGUCGGCGCGCCCGGAGCGAAUCUGGAACUGCGCGCCGGCAAAGAAGCCGACGGCUCUCGAGGACGCAGCCAGACAAUCGAAGACGACCGAGCCCGCCUCCUACACCACCAAGCCCAACCAGGUCGAGGGCCGAGCCUAAGUCCCUACCGCCCGUACGAAGGCGCCAGCGCAGCCCACCACGCAGCCUACACAGCCUACUCUCGCAGCGACGCAGGCGACUCGCAAAUCGACCUCGGCGCCCCACCUUAUCCUGCUUCCGGCCUAGGCAUCGUCGAAAGCAGCGCGGCACACUUCGACUCCAAGCCUUCCGACUUCGACGACGAGUAUACCAGCUAUCAUCCCGGGCAGGGACCGAAUGCGGGUGCUGGGCGAGCGGAUGCGGGCGGCGCGGUGCACCCUGCGCGUCGCGCUGAUGGGUCGGAUUGGCCGCUUAGCAAUGAUGCGCGGAGUCUAGGCGUGCCGCCUUCGUAUGAUGGGCGGGAGAGGACGAGAUGAUUUUUUCGGGUUUGGGUGGUAUUGCACGGCGUUCUUUGGGUGGGGAAUGAGGUGGGAUAGGACAAGUGAUGGUCGAUGCGAACAUGGCACGGCUUUGCAUUUUGCCUGGAUGAAAUUGGGCAUGUUAGGGGAAGGCGGGGAUAUGUAUGGGAGGGAUAUAUGACGACGAGAUGUCAUGAUACCAUACGAAAAGGGUCGCUAGAUAUGGAAGACUGCUUGUUCAAUUCACCAUACGUCCCACUCUUGUAUGAAAACUUGUCGUCAGCAGCUCGGCAGAACCUCGUCACAACCCGUGGUCUCUAUAUAUUGAAUAAUCUUCGCAUGGCCUCUAACUAAUGACCCGCAUCAAUUGAUGUGGUUGGU